UCGGGACUGGAGGGGAUCAUUUCCAUGGACCAUCUGUCUCGCUGGCUGCCCACACAACAAAGAAGGACCCAGGAUGGUGUUAGUACAUGUUGGAUAUCUGGUUCUUCCCGUCUUUGGAUCAGUUAGAAAUAGAGUAUCGAGGCUGGCUCCACAUUCCGCAUUUCUCAGACCUUUGUCCCCCUCCAUUGUGUAGCUAACGAUCAUCUGCUGCUGUCUGCCGUAGCCUCUGCCUGUUCUCUCUGCAUCUAGCUGUAUUGUGAACCCCCUUCUUCCUCAUUUCCUCUUUCCAUCUGAAGACGACAUUGGCAUUAAAACCGAGUUCCCACUCAUACCGUAUCCUUCUGUGUAACAGACUAAGGAAUAACACCUUCUGUAGAAAACAGUUUGUCUUUUCUUUUUUUUUCUUCUUUUUUUUAAACUGUCAUGUUGCUCUUCAGUGAAUAACCCAUUGUAGCGUUAGACUUUACUACAAACUGUCAUUGUGAUUCUCCCAUUCAGUGUGGAUAGACUACAUUCUGCUGUAAAUUCCUGUAAAGUGGAUACAUUUUGAUUCCCUCCCUGAUUCGAUCACAGCCAGGCUUGAUCGAACUUUUUUUCAAUUUGAUCUCACCCCCUAUUUGCAAAGAGGUGCAUUGUGCCAACUUUUUGUUAUCAAAAAAGGCACUUGUAUGAUCACUUCCUCCCCCUAAAGCGUUGUGACCCGCUAUCCUACCAUUCACCAAUUGGCCAGUACAUGUAGUUUGAGUGAUGCGGUUUUCACCUUGUUGCACCUGGUGUGGCGGCGUCCAAGCUGCUGGCCAUAAUCCUACCCGUGUGUGAAAAGCUUUUGUUCCCGCUAGCUGAAUUGAUUUAGUCAGCUGCGAUCAAUUGACUAGACUCCAGUCUAACUCAUCGUGCCAUUUGAAAAUCCCCCACUAUCAAUCACAGCCCCCCCCCCCCCCUCCACCCCUCCCCGACCCCUUCAGACACCUCCAGAAUGCUAUCCAUUUUACAGGGAUGUGUAUAUCCUGCACUGCUGUAGAACUCCUUUUAAAAAUGAAAAUGUCUUUUAUUCUUUGGUUGUGGUUUUCUACCUUAUGUUCUUGUAUUAGAUCCUAAUGCAUGGUCAUUUUAUACUUUUUGUUUUUCCACAUUGAACAGCAGAUUCCAAUGAAAAAACUUUGUGUAGAGAUGUCCCUGCUAUACUGAAAUGUGCUGUAAGCAUACACAUCUACUCAUUGGAUGCUGCUUCUGUUCUGUUAACCCUACAGAGAGCAUGGUCAGGCCUUGCCUUUGGUCUUUAUUUGCAUGGUAUUAUUAUGGUUAUAUAAGAUAUAUUACUCUUAUUACACAGUGCCACACAUACUAAUAUUUUCCAAUAAAGACUGUAGUAUUCUUUCUAACCUUCAGUGUGCUUUUUGCUGAUUUCCAUGUUCCUCCCCUCCUCCCUCCACACUGUGCUGUCACUGAGACUGUCCCCCCACUCUCUAUUUGCUCAUUUCUCAGCUGUCUUUGACAGACUUUCGAGUCGCUGCUCUGCUUACUUUAGAGUAGGAGCAGACUCAUUUUCUAUUAAAAAAAAAAAAAAAAGCAUGUUUUGACAAACACAUCGGCAUUGAUAUGUAAUGUUACAUGCUGUCAUUUUCCUGCUAAGCCAUACACUAUUUGUGUUACUAUUUAUAUGACAAAACACAGCCUACUUCAUGUCCACUCACCAGUGAGCUAACGUUGGAACAACAUAUGGAAAUGAUCUUCUUUCUAGGAGCCCACUUCACCAGGCAGCAACACAGCCAUGCUACCUCCUGCCGACACUUUCACCUGGGCGCCACCCAGGCGCCCAUCUCAGCCGAGUUCCCCCUGGGACACGCCAGCCAGCCGCCCCAGACCGGCCUCGCCCCCCACCUGCCCCCGGCACACCACCCGCCCCUAACUGCCCUGCCCGCGCCCCCUCAGUUCCAGGACGUGCCGGGGCCUCCAUUCCUACCUCAGGCCUUACACCAGCAAUACCUCAUCCAGCAGCAGCUUCUGGAAGCGCAGCACCGCAGGAUCCUCCCGCACUCCAGAAGAACCCAGGAGCGUAUCCCCCUGAACCCUCACCGACUGCGCUCAGGCUACGAGUUCCCCCCUCCCCUCCACGUCCCCCAGCAAAUGACCCAGCAGCAGCAGCGGUACCUGGCCGAAGGCACCGACUGGGAUCUCAGCGUGGAUGCCGGCCUCCCUCACCACCAGUACCAGCUCCAGCAGCUUCCACAGCACUAUCAGCACUACUUGGCCUCCCCCCGCAUGCACCACUUCCCCAGGAACACGUCCUCUGCACAACUGGUUGUGCAUGAAAUCCGAAACUACCCGUACCCUCAGCUGCACCUGUUGGCGCUGCAGAGUCUGAAUCCUUCGAGGCACGCCACCGCGGUGCGAGAAAGCUACGAGGAGCUGUUGCAGCUAGAGGACCGUCUGGGGAGUGUCAGUAGAGGAGCGAUCCAGACCACCAUAGAGCGAUUCACCUUUCCUCACAAGUACAAGAAGAGAAAGCCCCUGCUGCUGAAGAUCGGGGAGGAGGAGGAGACGGAUGUGGACGAGAAAUGCACCAUCUGUUUGUCCAUGCUGGAGGACGCGGAGGACGUCAGGAGAUUGCCCUGCAUGCACCUCUUCCACCAGGGCUGCGUGGACCAAUGGCUGGCCACCAGCAGGAAGUGUCCCAUCUGUCGAGUUGACAUCGAAACACAGCUGAACCCCGACAGCUGAUGAGAUUUUACACCCCCCCCCACCCACCACCGACACCUCUUGUCAAUCACCCUUGCGUGGUUCCUGCUUUCUCCCCCCCUCAUCCCCCCCCCCCACCCGUUGGGUGCUUUGCCAAAUGUCUCCGGACUUCAUGUGACAUCACCACCCUUCUGACUCACGCUGUACUGAGCCAAGCCAGGAAAACUAACUGCAAGAGAGGCCAACUCUUUUUAAAUAAAAGCACAUCCUUCCAGAGGCAAAAGACACGCAGUCGCAGACACACACACACAUACUCACGUACACAGGGUUUACUCGUAGCUUGCUGGUCCUAAGUGGGGUGUUGUUGCUGUUGUGGUGUUGUACUGUAGGUAGUCCUGGGCUGUGUAGCAUGUCCUCAAAGCCAUGACUUAAUGUCCCGAGAGUGGAAAUAACGCAUAACCCCACACUGAGCUGGCUACUUUCUAUCUCUCUCUCUCUCUCUCUCUCUCUCUCUCUCUCUUUCGAUAUAUAAAUAUAUAUUUCUCUCUUUUUCAAACACAAUCAAAGUGAAUAUUCUGCCACAUACGAAAGCUUAACAAAUGCUCUGAUGCCAUGUUUACCUAAAGAUCAUUUGUGGUCGUAGUAGAGUAGCAGUAACCAACAAGUGAUAUCUAAUGCUCUGUCGCCUUCUACUUUCUUUCCGGGGGAGGGACAAGCACCAGCUAGCUGAGUGUUUUAAAUCCAUCAUGCAGCUUUGACAUUUUGCAAUACAGUUGUACAUUUACCUUGGGUUGGUGUCACGUGAGGUGCUGUGGUGUGAGUAGGUCUCCUUCACCGGGCCCCGUGGUCGAGUCGUCGUGUAUUUUAAAAGUAGGUAGAAAGUCAUUUUUUUUUACCAAAAAUGCACUUUUGUCACAGUGUAGCUUGAACCUGACGCGCUGGUUCACACGUGUGUGUGUGUGUGUGUGUGUGUGUGUGUGUGUGUGUGGGGGGGGGUGCGCGCGCUCUGCCCUGCUGUGUGUGAUUUAAGGAAUGUGCGGCACAAGUGUGUGCGCGUGCGUGCGCGUGCGUGCGUGUGUGUGUGUGUGACGUUAGCCGCGUGGCCACUGGAGCACUUGCACAAAGCCAAAAAAAAAAAAAAGAACCAGGGAUAAAAAAUGGAAGUGCAGAGCAAGGUGGGAGGGAGGCUCCCUCGUACCUGUCACCGCGGAACGGUGUGUACUAAAAAAAUAAAAUGCAUGUUUCAUUGUUGACUUGGGCUGUUAGCUUUGGUAGCGUUUCUUCCAUUUUCUUUCUUCGAAAAAAAAAAAAAAAAAGGUACAGAGAUGGCUUUGCAUGACUUAGUUGAUCUGAGCUGUGACUCUCUUCACAGCACAAACAAACAAACAAACAAAAAAGGACCCUGCGUCAGUGGCUGCUCCCCUGACUCGUGGCGUGUGUCCAUCGCGUCUCCCCGGGUUCAAUGUUUACCUUAUUGCCUAAAGAACAAGCACAUGUGACAAUAGUCAUAGCAACAAAAAGGUCCCCCUCCCCCCCUCCCCGCCGCCCCCCUCUCGGUAUUGCAUUAUUUUUAGGGUAUAGAAUCAUGCAGUGUUUGAGCAGAGAGAGAGGAGCUUGCGUAUUGAUUUCGUGUAUUCGUGUGACAGACCUCCCCUCGUGGUUGCUAUGCUGGUUGCUAUGCUGUGUUGCUAGAACAUGUAGAACGUGGUGCGACGGAGGCAGCGUCCCUCUGGCGGUGCGCACGGACACACCGACAAGGGGGGGGGAGGGACAUUCAGGCUGUUAAUGCCCCCCUCCCCCCUUUGUCUCUAUUGGGGGGGGGGAUCAAUUAACUGGGAUUAUUCCCCCCCCCCCCCGUCUCGUGCACUGUCGGUGGCGGAGCUGCCUCCUCCUGUAGUGGAGUCAUCUGUGAUGAAGUUUUCAUAGUUUACACAGGGUGUUGUCAGUUGAGAUGCCUUAAGUAUUUAACAAUCAUAAUUUAUUACUAACUGUAGAUAUUGUGGGUAUGUAUUUAAUUUUAUAUAGUUUUUCGGGAGGGGGGGGGUUGGGAGGGGAUUGGGUAUUGAAUCAUAAUUUAUUUAUUUAGAAAUAACAAAAAUGCUAUGAAAAAAAAAAAAACUAUUACCUCAUUUUUGCAUUGUUUUAAAUGGGAAUGCUUUGCAUGCAGUUGUACUUUCUGGAACACUAAAGUUAGAUGGAAAAAAAAUUAAUAAUAAUCGAGCCCCGCUGUCUGAUCUCCACGAGCUGGCUGUGUGAUGUUUACUGUCCAAGGCUGAGCUACUGAGCCCGCUCUCCGCCUCUCUCUCUCUCUCUCUCUCUCUCUCUCUCUCUUUAUAUCUCUCUCUAUCUAUCUCUCUCUCAUAUGUGGUGCUGUGGAUCUUGGUCACAUUCCAUUCAAUGCAAUUUCUCGGAUCCCCCAUGCUGUGAUGUAGUGGAUAAACUGCAAUGAAGUAAUUUCUUUUUUUUAUUUUUUAUUUUGUUUUGCACUCACUUGUUCAAAUAUGGGAACCCUCUCACUGGCAAAAAAAAAAAAAGUUUGUGUGGAUAAUUUAAUAUUACCAUUAAGAACUCUGGCUUUUAUUUUGUACGCUCUGCUUCUCACAAUGCACUAUGGGUCUUAAUAACGAUCAUCUGUGAAGCAUGUUCCUUCGCUUUAACUCUUUGUAUUGACCUUUUUUUUUUUGAUUUUCAUCUCUGGUGUUUCUCUUCAGUUUGUAGACUUAAGCAUAACAAGUGCCUCGCUUUAAGUGUUAGGAGCUAUUUCCAUAUUACUGAAACCAUUGAUAACAAUCAAUCCAUGAAGCCGCCAUGCCUUAUUGGUUGCAUAGCUGAGCGGGAGAGUGAGUUGGGAGGGAGCUACGAUAACAUUUGACAGUAUCUACAAAAGCCAUUGUCCUCAAAAAUUGAAGUCAAACUGUCCAAACCUAGCUGUUGGUCCGUGGUGGAGCGUUGCAUGUUGUGGAGACGGUUGUGACUACGAAGAGGCAUGUUUCACUGUGGCAUUUUCCAAAUACUUAGGAGAUAAAGAAGGAUUACCCAUCUGAGACUCUCCGCUUCUCCUUUUUUUCGUUUUAUUUUACCGUCCAUCUCUCCUCUCAGAAUCUGUCCUCCGUUUCCUUUCACAGACUAAAAGGAUGACGAGGAUAUUAAAGCACAACCUUUUCUAAAAAUGCAUGUUUUCUCAGGUUUCAAUAUAGUCUCAAUGGUUUAAUAGUAUAUGGAGAAAAUAUAUACAAAGAAUAUAUCAGAAAGAAAAAAAAAAAAAAAAACAUAAUUUUGUUGCUGUUUGAAACUGAAAAACAAAACUGAAGAGAAAAUAUCCCAAAAAGUGCCAGUGAAAGGGCUGCCGCCAUCCUUGUGUGAAACUCUGCUGUUUAGCUGUGAAUGCGCAAUGUUUUUCAAUAUAGGAUAUUUUAUCUGGAAAUAGAACUAUUUAUCAUUCAUAUUAAAGCAAUAGCGCAUUAAUGGUGAUGUGUGUGUUGAUGAACAAAUGGAUGAGCAUAUUAUGGGUAAAUGUUAGAAUCACAUGUGGUGGAAUUUUGUACUUUAUUACAAAAAAGUACUACUAAUAAUAAUGAUUUCAAAAGUUGCAUUGCUAAACCCAAACUGUUCAGUUUUUUUAUUUUAAUUUUAUUUCAUGGCUUGUAUAUUAUCCUUUUGUAUGUGCUCUUUUUGUAAUAAAUUGGAUAAAAUGGA